AUGAUUCUUCUGACAGGAGUCACCACAACACCAAAACCAACUACACCCAUCUCCACAACUCGCUCCACAUCAGAAGAAACAACUACAACAGUGAAAACAACCACAGAGGUUCCUUGCAAUGGAAAAUGGUCUGUGUGGAUUAACAACAACAAACCAUCUGUUGAGCAAACGCAUGAUAAAGAACCAUUAGAUCCAAUUCGAGAUACCGUGUGUCAAUCUUAUGGGAACAAGAUUACAAAUAUUCAAUGUGAAGCUCUCAAGUUUCCUGGGUAUCCAAUUAGUAAAACCAAUGAUACAGUAACAUGUGAUUUAGACAGCGGAUUAAUAUGCCACAGACCAGCUAGUGGCGCCCUUACAUGUUUGGACUAUAGAAUUAGAGUUUGCUGUGAACCAGUUGAAACAACAACACUUCCAACCACAACAACGUCUGUCUCCAGAACUACUACACCUGAAAAAUGUUACUGUAAUUCAGACCCACCAAGGAAGUGCAAUGAAACAUGGCAAGAAGACUGUAAGAUCAUUACUUGUAUUAUAGCACAAACAUAUGAAAUUACGAAGGUGCCCUGUUCAGUCCCUGUGAAACCUACAUGUUAUAGUGGCUUAGAAUCCAAAAGUGUCCCAACUAAAGGUGGCUGCUGUUCAACAUGGGACUGUGACUGUGAAUGUCAAGUAUGGGGGUAUUCACAUUAUCGUACCUUUGAUGGGCUGGGCUAUGACUUUUUUCACAAUUGCACAUAUGUUCUUGUCCAAGAAAAAACCCCAAGAUACAAUUUCUCUGUGAUUCUUGAUAAUUAUCACUGUAAUCAACAAAGCUUCGCAUCCUGCCGUAAAUCACUUAUUAUUAACUACAACAAACAUAUCAUCAAUUUUUCAACUGAGAAAAGAAAGCCUGUGGUAACUGUCAAUGAAGUAGAAGUGAGCUUUCCAUAUCGUGCAGGAGGACUUAACAUUGUAAAAAGUUGCAACAAAGUAACCAUUUAUAUUCCUGAUAUUCGAACCACAAUCAUUGGUCAAAGAAACAACUUCAGGAUUAGAGUGCCAGAACAGUACUUCUUAAACAAUACUCAAGGACAAUGUGGUUCUUGUUCUAGAAAUAUAACUGAUGGAUGUGUAAGAAGGAAUGGAAAGAUAGAACCACGUGACUGUUGUCACAAAACUGCGUUUGAUUGGAAAGUUGAUGAUCCUAAGAAGCCACGUUGUCAAGCAGCUCCUACAAAUGUGCCUUGUGAAGUGCCUCCUACUCUCCCACCAUGCGAAUUUGGGAAAACUGUGUGUGAUGCCAUAUCAGGAAAUUCAUUCGAAAAAUGCAGAAAUAAGCAAGAACUGACUAAAUAUGUCAAGGCAUGUCAGUACGAUCACUGUGCCAUGAAUUCUACAGAGAUGGGCUGUACUAGCCUGGAAGCUGCUGCUUUGACUUGUAAUGCAGCUGGGAUAUGUGUUGACUGGAGAAACUCAACAAAUGGAUUAUGCUCAUACAACUGCACAGAGAGUUUGACCUAUAAAGCCUGCGCCAAACACAAUCAUGAUUAUUGUAAGGAUGGUGAGAUGAUACAUGGGGAGGCAUUUGAUGAACACACUGAAGGCUGCUUUUGUAAAAGUGGAUCAAUGCUUUCUGAGGAUGGAACACGAUGUGUUUCUUCAUGUGCUAGAUGCAAAGACUAUGCAGGAAACCUAAGAUAUGAUGGUGAAAGUUGGCCGCAUCCCAAUGAUACAUGUAUCAACUAUACAUGUGUAGAAGGUUUGGUAACAAAGACACAAAAAUCAUGUUCAGAUCGUCCAAAAUGUGAUGAGGCUGACAAACAAUGGGACAAAGAUCAUUGCUGCUAUUACUGUCAAGAGAAAUUGAGACAAUGCAAGGUGCAAAACAAAACGAUUGACAUCAAAGAAGGUGAUUGUUCAGCAACCGUUCAGCUGAAAGCAUGUGAAGGAAAAUGUGAAUCAUCAGCUAUGUUUGAUCCCAAAACAAAUCGCAUGAAACAUAAUUGUGAGUGCUGUCAGGAAAAAGAAACUGAGAAAAAAGAAACACACCUGAACUGCCUCAAUGGAAAAACUCAAGUGUACACCUACAUUUCUGCUAAAUCGUGCAGUUGCAAAAUCUGUAAAAGUGAAAACGAUUAAUGUUGUGAUCUCAAAGUUUGUCGAAUGAACAUAAUUUGUGCAACAUGUGCAGAUGUUAAAAUCUGAAAUAUUUUUCUUUGCAAUCUCCAUUUACUUGGUUUUAUUUAGUGAUGAGACAGUGUUGUGAAGUUUGAUUUUCUCCCAAUUACUACCUUUAAAUUGUGGAAUUGUCACUUCUUUGUAUAUUUCAAAGCUUUCACCUUUUGUUUGGUGGCAAUAUUAAAUCAAUAAAGCAUAUUCUGCACGAA